AAAGGAAUAAACAAAAUGCAAGUUUUCCAAGAUAAAACCGCAGCUAUGUAGAAUUUUGGUCAAUACGAGCAGAGAGAUCCUUAAAAAGUGGCCAGCAUGGAACGGUUCGCCUUCAAGAUUGACGCCGCGCUGAAGGCAAACCUCUACAAGAUCUGUCGGCUGUGCGGCAUUGAUAAUCCUGAAAAAGUUCCGAUUGAAAAUGCGACAGACCUGGAUAUUAUUGACCUGGACGAGCCCAGUCUGUGCCAGAAAAUCUACGAACUGGUUGGGUUUAGGGUUUCCUCCACCGACAAAAUGCCGCAGACAAUGUGCAGCCUGUGCGUGGAUAAAAUCAAUGAUUUCUACGAGUUCAGGGAGAUGUGCUAUGCCACCAAUAAGCAAACGCGCAACCUGCUGGGUCUCAAGCAAGAAGAGCCAACGAAGCUUGAUGAUUUUAUUCCUAUCGUUAAGGAAGAGCCUCAAGCACCCACAGCUGGCAGGCGCGGAAGGAAAAGAAAAAUACCGGACACAUGGCCCAAAAGCAAUCUACUUAAGCCCCCGCUUGUAAAAAAGGAAUCCCUGCCUUCGAACAAGAAGUUACGAAUGCAGCAGCCUGAAACUGGUCACCUGCAAAUAAAAGAGGAACUCUUAGACUGUGAGGGUCCAAGUACAAAGAUUCCAGCGAAGAAAGGACGGAAAACCAGUUGCAGCGUUUGUGGAGAGAAAUUUAUGAGCAAGGAGCUAGCGGAUGAGCACAAGAGCCAGGUGCACGUGCCUUCCAUCCCGCGCUACAUAUGCAACGCUUGCAAUCAGACACAUCACAACCAGGGCGACAUCAAGGCGCAUCAGCUGUGGCAUAAGCUCUCGAAGACGCCCUACAAAUGUCCACUGUGCGACUCGAACGUCGCCAACGCCCACGCCUUCGCGCGGCACAUGCGGGAGCAUACGCCGACGACGCCAGUCGAGUUGCUCGUUCUGGAUCGUUCGUGUCCGAAGUGCAAAAAGACAUUCGUCACAAACUACUUUUACAACACCCACCGUUGUGCCAUUCUGAAGCGUAAGUGCGGUGGUUGCAGUCGCAACUUGUCCACGGAAGCUGCUUACAUGCGGCAUGCACCUUGGUGCUCGAAAAUCUAUCUUCAGCACUCACAGCACAUUCUGCCUGAGGUGCUGAGCAAUGAGUCCCAGAUACGGAUCAAGAACGAAGUGGAAGAAUUGGAUCUUAGUGACCUUCCACCGGCCACUGCAAUGCCGGCAGAUUUCGUGAUAGACGAGGAAAUGCAACCAAUGGUGGUCCUGGAACGCCUCUCGUCGCCCCUGCUGUCAGCCUCGGCGUCCAAGAAUAAGAGCAGCGAUCGAGUAUCCUCGAAGAGCUACUUGAAGCGUGUGGAUCAGUUGCUGAAGAACACAAUGAGCACUUUGGUGAGCAUCAAGCACGAGCCAGAGGUUCACAUCAGCGACACAGGACCAACAGAACAGCCGGAAGUGGAAUCUGAGCCACAGGAGGAGGAAGAUCAAGAGCCACCUUCCUAUGAAGAUCAUUUCAUGGCCAGCCACGAUGACAGUGACGAAGAACCAACCACAUCCUCAAACGCAGCUGGCACUUCCGAGAACAAUGCCGAUGUUCCUUCUAUCUCCGUAAAGCAAGAACUCAUAGACGAGGCCUACGAGAAACAACUGGGGGUUAAGCAGGAGCCCCUUAAACUAAAAUUAAAGAUAACCAAGAAUCACGGCAAGCUUAACUCCUCGCUUAUCGAUGAUCUGGAUGAGGCCGGGUUGGCGUCUGGAAAGGGAACUAAAAAGAAGAAGAAACGUAAGCACAAAGAACGGGAGAAGGAGAACCCUUCUGAUACUGCCUUCAAUGUGCCCAUGGUUAACAUUAAACAGGAACCUAUCGACAGAGAGAGUGCCUCUGCUGGCUUAGUUCCAGAGGCCACGGUCAUGACCACCAUACCCAUUACCCAAAUUGGAAACAGUUUCGACGAGGGUGAACAGCUGCCAGAAACGGUGGCGGAGGAGGAGAUGCUUUCGGAGAAUGAGGAUGUUAAACCAAAUAUUCAGGAAUUGGAUCGCCUUAUGCAAAUAUCCAACGUAGUUAGUGGCGUGGAUAUGGCAGAAGAGGCCAUGCCCUUGGAAAGAGCUGUGGAAGCCACUCCCGAUGGGAGUUCGACAGAAUCCCCGCCUAAACCGAAGUCCACCGCUCGCAAGAGUACGGCUGGAGCUCUACGCCAGCCACCUUCCGACAGUGAUUCGCCUCUGCCACAGAUUGUGGCGGUGGAAGGCGGCGAUGCUGUUGCUUUUAACGUGAUGCCGGAUAUUCGUAUUAAGGCGGAGCCUCUCUAUCACGGGUAUUCAGAUGAUCCUCCAAGCGAAGACCACGGCGCCUUGGAAGAGAUCAACCACAACGAGAAACUGGAGGAGGAAAAUGCGUACAUUAGCAACUUGGACUUGAGCACCGUUUCUGUUAAGCAAGAAAAGGACUUGGAUAUAUCGGAUGAGCAACCUGAUUCGCAUUUCAAUGGCAUGCACAAGGCAACAGACAGUGAAGAUGAUGAGGAUGGCAAUGAGGAUUCGUCGGCAGACGAGGCCGAGGAAGCCAUGGAGGAGGAGGAGGAGAAGCGCAUCUAUCGCGAAAUCGAGUUGCCUCCAUUGGAACCGCAGGACGAAUUGGAGGUCACACCUCCAGCUUCUGGCUCAUCGGCUCAGAACGUUUCAGAGGUUACUCCAAGAGUGGAACCACCAGCUUCCGCGAAUAACUUGGUCAUAACCAAUAUCUGCAGCCAAGCAGAGGAGUCAGAAGAAAGUUCUAACAUCACUCCGGAGGCAGUUGAAACCGAUACUCCAUUAGUGGCUGACGGGACAGCUACUGAACCAGUAGACUCUGCAUGUCCUGAGGAAACGCAGACCCAAGAAGUUCUCCCUGCGAAUCUCGAGAACUCCACUAUUGGAGAUGGUAGUAAUGGUGUUGAUCCACCUGCUGCUGAGGAUGAUCCCCUUCCAAGCGCCAGUUCUAGUAGCCACAACCAAGAAGAGUCGGAAAACCAACCAAUCCCAUCUCCACCCAACGAAUCCUCAGAAGAUUCUCAAAAAUCUGAUAUGAACCCAAGAACCGAGGCAUUGAAUGCGGAAUCUUUACCAGAAGUUGCAGUAAAUUCACCCAAAGACAGUGAAGCCGAAGCUCUUCCGUUCAGCGGUACAUCCAUUAUGGAAAGCAACUAUGCCAGUGAUGAGGAGCAUCAAAAUGUACUCAACCAGGAGCUGUCGGAACAACAAGGGCAGCAGCUUCAAUUCGAAGAACCGAUUGAAGAGCCCAUUCCUGGGUCCGACGAGGAGGCUGAGAACCGCAUCAACGAGCAUCAGCAACAGCUGGAACUCCGGGGUGUCGAUGUGGAGGAUCAGCGACAGCCACGCUGCCAAGAAAACGACGACUCCAAUAUCAAUGAGAUUGCCGAGAACAAUAACAACGCCAAUAUUGAGCGCGAACUGCAAGACGAUGCGUUAGGGGCUCAGGAAAAUGUUAAUCAAUAGACUUGGACUAGCGAGUAGGCCAAUACACCCAAUAUACAAUAUAUAUUAUAUAACUCAAUCACCCUCUUGUAAAUACACAUAGAUGCUUUGGUAUUUUAUAGCUCGAAGUGCAGCUCGAUCCCAUGAAGUGCGAAUAAUGUUUGUACGAAUAGCUAUAGUUUUAAGUUAGAUAUACACAACUUUAUUACAUAAAUUAAUGGCUUAUACAAUAGAAUAUGUAAGUAUUAUGUAUUUGAAUACAUAAAUCGCA